AUGGCGCACAGUGAACAUCCUACAGACACCUGCCCUGUCAAAUAUGACAUCCUCAUCAUUGGUGCCGGUUUUUCGGGAAUAUUUAUGUUAUAUCACCUUCGCAAACUAGGCUACUCGUGCCGGAUUUACGAAGCAGGGUCAGAUCUGGGAGGGACAUGGGCAAAUCAUAUCUAUCCAGGUGUGAGAGUCGACUCGGAAAGCUGGGUUUAUCAGCUGUCCAUGCCGGAGGUUUGGGAGGAUUGGUCAUGGAGCGAAGUUUACCCCUCCGGUCAGGAGCUGCGCCGGUACUUUGCACAUGUCGACAAGAAGCUUCACAUCAAGAAAGAUGUGGACUUCCGGGCCAAGGUAGUGAAGGCACAAUAUAUCCGAGAAAAGAGCUAUUGGCGCACCGAGACCGAGGAUGGUCGAAUCACCCAAUCCCAAUUCCUCAUUUCAUGUACAGGAUUUGCAUCGAAGAGCUACACGCCUGCUUUUCCUGGGAUGGAGGAUUUCAAAGGAGAAAUCUAUCAUUCCGAACACUGGCCAAAGGAGGACGUCAAUAUUCAGGGGAAGAAAGUGGCAGUGAUAGGCACGGGCUCAGCAGGGAUUCAGAUCAUUCAAGAGUGGGCAAAAGAAGCAGGCACCUUGACGGUUUUUCAGAGAACACCCAACCGGGCUUUGCCCAUGCGACAGCGUCAACUUCCUCAAGAGCAGGAGGUCAUCAAGUCCAUGUAUCCGCACGUAUUUCGGGACCGCGGCAGAACCUUUGCGGGGCAUGUAGCAACGCAAGUACCCAAACGGACAUUUGACGUUUCACCCGAGGAGCGCGAGGCUUUAUACGAAUAUGUAUGGAAAAAGGGCGGUUUUCAUGUCAUUAUUGGAAGCUAUAUUGAUGUUUUGACCGACCUGCAAGCAAACCGUGCCCUGUACGACUUCUGGGCUCGAAAGACGCGUUCGAGACUCCAUGACCCCAGGAAGCGGGAGCUCCUGGCACCAUUGGAUCCACCACAUCCCAUUGGAGCGAAACGAUCGUCACUGGAAUUGAAUUACUACGAAGUAUACAACCAGCUGAACGUCCACCUAGUCAAUGUGCGCGAGGAGAAGAUUGUUGAAUUCCGGCCCCACGGUAUUGUAACGAGCAGUGGAGCCUACCAUGAGCUUGAUGCAGUUGCAUUGGCAACUGGAUUCGAUGGUCUGACGGGGAGUUUGACUAGUCUUGGCCUUCAUAACACGGAGGGCAGAUCUCUGAAGGAAGAAUGGAGAGACGGCGCAAAAUCAUACCUGGGAUUGACGCUUAGUGGAUACCCCAACUUCUUCUACAUGUGCGGAGUGCAUGGACCGAGCGCGCUUAGCAAUGUACCAUCUACUAUGGAAGUCCAGGGGCAAAUUAUCAUCAACAUUAUCCAGAGAAUGCGGGCUAAUCGACUGGCAUCUGUUGAGGCUACACCAGAAGCCGCAGACUCGUGGUCAAAUGGGGCGGAUGAAAUUGCCAACGCAACAUUAUUUACUCAGGCGGACUCCUGGUACAUGGGCGCCAAUAUCCCGGGGAAGAAGCGGCAGAUGCUCAAUUUUUGUGGUGGGAUACCGGCAUACGAACAGGCUUGUAAGGAGGCUUUGGAGACUUGGAAGGGGUUCCGGACUGUACAGAUGGCGAAUCUCUGA